CUCAGAGCUCCACCCCUUCCUGCUCACUGUGCUCACCGUGCUGACCAGGAAGUGGAGUGAGAGAGGCUGGAAACAAUCAAUUAGUUCUGACUGAGCUGACGAAGAGAGCUGCGGUGGCCGAAUGUCCCUAACAAACUGAAGUGUUUUUGUGGCUUCCAAGAUGGUGGUGAACUCUCCGUCCCCUCUUCCAGAACGAGCUAUUUAUGGUUUCGUCCUAUACCUGAGCUCUCAAUUUGGAUUUAUUCUUUACUUGAUGUGGGCCUUUGUUCCCGAAUCAUGGUUACAUUCAUUAGGACUGACUUAUUGGCCCCAGAAGUACUGGGCAGUAGCGGUGCCCGUCUACCUCCUUGUUGUGCUGGGAAUUGCCUAUGUCCUUCUCUUUGGUAUAAACAUGAUGAGCACCGCUCCUCUGAACUCCACACACACAGUCACAGAUAUGUAUGCCAGCAAUCAGCAGACUAAAGAAUACCAGGAGGGCACAAUCCCUGCGAUCAAGGAUAUCCCUAUCAGCGAAGUCAACAAAAUGUUCUUUCUUUCAAACAAAUCAUUUCCGCACGAAUCUUCUAGAGCCAGAACCACCGACACCAACACAUGAAAUGCUCGGGAACAAGUUGUGUUGUUGUUGUUUUUUUCUUGUACCUUUUUUUUUUU